AUGGAGAGUACAUCGAGAGCUUUACAAAACGCAAUCGAUUACAUUCCUAUCGUUCCAUACGAAGUUUUAUCUGAUAAUGGAACAGAAUUUGUCGGCAGACUUUUCCAAGAUGUACUCAAAAGAAAUGGUAUAAAACACCACAGAACAGAGCCGUACAAUCCACAACUCAAUGGCAAAGUGGAGCGUUUCUGGCAAACAAUUUUCUCAGCGCGCAACAAAUUUAUUUCAAUUAGAGAACACAUUCCGGCAGCAAUCAAAUAA